AUGGGCCUCUUACGAGACAUGACGUCGGGAGGCCGUGGCCCACCCGUCAUCAACCUGACCACCUCAAGAACCGAUCCACUCUCGCCCCUCUCUUCCUUACCCAACAACAACAAUAGUAGCAGUAGCAACAGCCAAAAUAACCAACAGCAACACCAAACGUCAUCCUCUUCACCAUCGAUGCCUCAGCAGGAAGACACAGUUAUCGACCCGAUACAAGCACAGGGAAGCAAGAAAAAGAACAAGAAAAAGAAGAAAAAGGCGAUUGCUUCGACCGACCCCUCCCUCGCUCCUGAUGAAUCAACUACGCCACCAGCAGCUCCUUCCGCCAUUAACGAACAGGAAGAAAUGCUGAACAAGGAGUCUCUGGAUUGGCUUGACGGUGUCGUUCAAAGUGGCACCAAGCCCGCCAGUAAGAAGUCCAAAUCGAAGAAAAAGGCUGCUGCAGUAGCAACAGCAGAGGCUUCCGCAGAAGUGGCAACUGGAAAACCUUCCGAGCAGGCAGGAUUCAAGGCCUCUCAGGCGCAUUUCGACGACGAACGAAAUUAUGUGGCGCAAGCGCCCGUCAAUGUUGGCGAUAGCGUGGAGCCUUCCCACAACGAGUACGAUAUCCACAGCAGGCAGGUGCUGUAUGCGGUUGCGGCUUCUGGCAACGACGACUUGAGCUUCUUGAACAACGAUUUUAUGAACACCGCGACGAGCAACUGGGCGGACGACAUUGACGAGUACGAGCAGAACCACAUUCCGCCUAACUCUAUUGCGACCGCUGCCCCACCUGCCACUUCGGCGGCGUCUUUGAGCACAUCCACGCAACAAGCCCCUUGGAAAGACUCAGCUCCAAGAAAUCUUGUGUAUAAAGGACCGAUCGUCACUAAAGUUGCCACAGUCCAAUCUCAGGAUGCCCGCUUUUCAAGUGCGCCGGAUACCAGAAGGAGCUACGGUCGUUGGGAGCCAGCACCUCAACCCUUCAAAGCGCAACCUGGGCACGAUUUUUCCGAGCAACACUCCGACUAUCACCAACGACCUUACGGAAAAUACUCUGCGCGACCGGCUGAUUAUCACCAGCCACCUCCUUCCAAACAUCAACCUGGCAUGCCACAUCGCCCUCUGAUGAGUGAACCGCCCGCGCACUCUCAUCAGCGCCCGAUGUCUGGUCCACCCUUCCAACAUCAGACCUACUAUUCGGGUCAACCUCAAGGUCAGCUGCGUCCUCCACACCCUCAGCCUGCCAGUCAGCAGCAGAAACACCAACAGCAGCACCAACAGCAGCGCCAGCGCCAUCUGGCAUCUCCUGGCCCUGCUUUUGGUUCUACUCAAGCCCAAGUCUCUCUGAUGCAGUCUAAAGCAGGCGACAAGGCAGACAAAGCAAAAAACAAUGCUGAUAACGCGUGGCAGUCAAUUGCUACCACCAAACCGAAAAACGCGUCGCAUUUAUCUACCAAGCCAGCCUGGGUAUCUUGUCAAGGAUCACACGAUGAUCAAGGACCUGCUGAGUCGAAACAGAAACCAGAAGUCGAGAGGAACAAGAGUGCUACCACUAGCGCCGCUUUGGUCGCAUCUUUGCAGAUUCCAGGAGAACCCAAGAACAAGCGCGCAACAGGACCUGGAAUGGGUACGGCGACCUCACCUCAGCCUCCGUCCCAUGCGUCCCAGAAGAAUAAGCACAAGAAACAGGAGCAACGUCGUUCCUUUUCACUUUCGACCCAAUCCCAGGAGAAGUCUCAGUCGUUGACGCCGACGCAGAUGGAAUCGCAGGCGCAUGUUGAACCCCCAGACCAACAGUCCCUAAUGAAGUCGGAUUCGGAACAAUUGCAACACUUGCAGCACUUGCUGUUUUACGAUGCACUGCCACCACUCGAGGGCGUCAAGGACUUUGAGCUGCCUUGGCUGGCGAGCUCGAAGGCUAAGACUGGUCCUGAGCCAUGGGCGGAUCGCAACAAGGUGAUCGAGUUCUUUUCGAAGCGAUGGGUGGAGGCGAGGAUGAGCUCUGGAGGACACGGUCCCGAUGCUGCGGUUGUUUACUGCUCCUCGCCCUGA